UAUCCUAGUUAGUUAGCUAUGUAGCUGGCUAUUCAACUUCGAAGGAGGUCUAAAUACACUCGUGAAUUAGCUACGAACCAUGGCUUUCACACAGCUCAACCAUGGAUCCCAUAAAGAACCAUUGUAUACCCGAUGCGGCAACAAUAAAGAACGACCCCCAGAUAAAAGAAUCAUGAAACCACCAUACCCCGGUCACUUCUCUACAUUAGAGUACUGAAGAAAGAAAACAAGAAAUGCCAUGAAAUGUCCAAGACAUCACUUUAUACCCCCUGUCUCAUCUCGCUGAUCCUCACCACCCUUUUUCUCACCACCAUCACCAUCCUCCUCCUUACACCACCCACUUUUCUUCCACAUAUCAUCCCUCCCAUAUGUCCCUCUCAGUCCCUAAGCCUACCAGACCAGACUCACGGUCGAGUCUUCAACGAGCGCCCUGAACUCGAACGGACAGUCAACGACUCGGACGAAGUCCAGACAUGGGAAUCCAUCCUCCUCCCGCCCGGUGGCGGAGGCAUCCUAUCUCAUACAAUGCCUGACCGUAUCCAUCUCACCGCUGACGAGAAGAAAGAGAAGAAACUCCUCAGCUGGGGGAUAUCAAUGUUCCAUCAACUGCACUGUCUGAUCGUGCUGCGGGCGAUUGUCUUCCCCGAGACGACGGAGAACAAAAUCAACUCAACCAGUCAGGCGCAUUCGGGCAACAUGAUGCAUGACAAGGUACAUUGGGCGCAUUGCUUUGACUAUAUUGCUCAGGUGGGUUUUCGUUCAUUGUACUUGUCUACCCCCUGCUUUGCUCAAAUCUGACCAUGAUAGGGCAUCCUCUGUGCUGCAGAUGACACGAUCGAACGGCCCCGGAAAACCAAGGACUGGCACGGCAAGACCAUCUUCGACAUCGAUGGGGUGGGCGCGGUGCAUCAGUGUCGAGAUGCGAGGGCACUUGGGUAUGGAGUAGGGUGUUCAAC